AUGUUCGACAAUGAAGAGGAUGCUCGUAAGACGGAGAAUGGAGGCUAUGCACAUACAGUGGACUCGAAACGGAAGAUCAGCAAGGCGAACCGUGGGAACACACCUUGGAACAAGGGCAAGCUUCGUUCGGCGGCCGACAAAGCCAAGAUUGGCGCGGGUGUCCGAGCCCGAAAUCGUGCCAUUUUGUUGGAAAAGUUGGCGCAGGUUGGCAUGAGCGAAGAAGAAUGGGUUGCCAUGAAGAAACAAUUGAAAUAUCUGAGAGAACGUGUCCGAAAAGCCAAGAGAGCCAAGAAUGACAAGGCAUUGAAAGUGCAUCAGGAAUCUCUCAAAGCCGUACUGGCUGUACAACACGGCGUCAAUUCACAGCCCAGCAUUGUCGAGCAGGAACAUCGCACCAGACCCAAAAAGACUCCCAAAGAACCUCCCAAGAAAAAGAAAAAAGAAACUGUGGUUCCACACAACGGAAAAAUUGUCACCCAUGCAGGCAACAAUGACAGUCAAACUGCACAAAAACAGACAUCCAACCAGAGCAAUACUGAUGAUCAACCCGCAAGGAGUCAGCAGAUCGUGUGGUCAAUCUGA